AUGAAAUCUUGUGGGUUACGUUGUCUGUUUAUUCUUCUGUCGCUUCCAUGUCUCAUUCAAGCCAGUCUCUCGCCUGAUUACUACAGAAAAACAUGCCCUGACUUCGACCAAACACUCGUCGAAAUCGUCAGCCAGAAACAGAUCGCUGCUCCGACGACAGCCGCCGGAACACUCCGUCUCUUUUUCCACGAUUGUAUGGUCGACGGCUGCGACGCCUCGAUCCUCGUCGCCUCUACUCCCCGCAAAACCUCAGAACGCGACGCCGAUAUCAACCACUCUCUCCCCGGAGACGCAUUCGACCUAAUCACUCGUAUCAAAACCGCCGUCGAGCUUAAAUGCCCCAACGUCGUCUCCUGCUCCGACAUCCUCGUCGGAGCGACGCGGAGCCUCGUCAGCAUGGUCGGAGGACCUCGAAUCAAUGUCAAAUUCGGCCGGAAAGACAGUCUCGUCUCGGAGAUGGAUCGCGUCGAAGGAAAGCUAGCUCGGCCGAACAUGACGAUGGAACACAUCAUCUCGAUAUUCGAGAAGAGUGGUUUGACCGUACAAGAGAUGGUGGCUCUCGUCGGAGCACACACGAUCGGUUUCUCUCACUGCAAAGAGUUCGCGAGUCGGAUCUUCAACAGCAAGAACCAGUCCGAUCUCAACGCUGCGGCUCCGGAGGGGAUGAAUCCGAAAUACGCGGCGGAGCUGAGGAAGCUGUGCGCGAAUUACACCAAGGACGAAGAGAUGUCUGCGUUUAAUGACGUUUUUACCCCUGGGAAAUUCGACAACAUGUAUUACAAGAACCUGAAGCAUGGUUACGGGUUGCUUGAGUCGGAUCAGGCGAUUGCGUCUGAUAACAGGACGCGGUCGCUGGUGGAUCUAUACGCGAGGAACGAAACGGCGUUCUUCGACGCGUUUGCUAAGGCGAUGGAGAAAGUUAGCGAGCAGAAGGUGAAGACGGAGAAGCAUGGAGAUGUUCGAAGGCGGUGCGAUCAAUACAAUGACUACAAGGGGUAA